AUCUGGUGUAGCAAAGGCCGUGGUAUGUACUACCCUUUCUGUGGGAUGGUGCAUAUAAAAGGUGCAUUGCUGCUAAUCGAAAAGAGUACGCGUAGCCCAUUUAUUCAUAUUGUCAUUACUGGUAUACAGGAUUGCAAACGAUUUGCCUCGCAUUUUUAUCAGGAUUACAACUAAUAUUGUGGGUAGAAUGAUGCAAACACUUGGUGAAAUUGUUUCAGGCUGUUUUUGCCUGAAUAUGUCUAUUGUUUUUUUCACAAAUUUGAUGAUUUGCUAACGAUAUAUUUACCUAUACAUGUAAAGGCCUAGCUAGUUAUUUUUUCUUCUGAUUUAUGGACCAUCGUCAUAAUUCAAUUAUUUUUACAAAGCAUUAAUAAUAAGUGGGAUAUGGUGGUUUAGAAAAUAAUUAUUCAAAGUUGCGUAACGGACAGACGACGUGAAUGUGAAGUAACGUACCUUGUUUUUGCAUCGUUCGGGUAUUGCCCCUAAGUCAUAUUGUAAAAUAACACCAGUUUAUACUGUGUAUGACAGACGUUUGUUGAUAAUAUAUGACGGGAAAUCAACUGAAUGGAUUUAAGAGUGUAAUAUGCUAUAUUUUUAGUAUAGCACCAGUACAUGUAUUAUUUUAAGCUUAUAUAUCUGCCGUCAAAAUGAAUUCAGAUUUUACCAUUUAAAUUAGGUGCAUUACUACAACACUUCUUCUGUUUCAGAUCAAAGUCGUGGAAUAAUGGAUCGUACUAAAAGCAACAUUCUCCAAAACAUCCACGAAGAGAUGGUCAAAGGUACGUUCAAUGACCUUGACAUUGUCUGUGAGAAUGGGACAACGAGCGCAAACCGUUUGGUCCUGGCCGCGAUGUCGUCUUACUUCCGGGCAAUGUUAACAUCAGACAUGACAGAGAGUCGGACGGGCAUCUUAAAUCUGCCCACUGUCUCGGUGUCGGUGUUUCAGGAUGUUAUCAAGAUGUGUUUGUGUUCAGUGGAUCUUGUAAACGAAGACAACUGCGUCAAAAUGUUAGACGCAUGUGAAAUGAUGCAGCUUGAUGGCGUCAAAGAUCUGUGUCAUCGUUAUCUUAAGGAAAGUCUAGUGAUCAACGCCGACAACUGUCUACAGUGGUGGAGACUUAUGAACCGCUACAAUGUUCCUGAUUUGUCCAGCAGAGCAUUCUCGUAUCUGACAGAAAACUUGACUGACCUUGUUGAAACAGAAAAUAUUGGUCAUCUGACAAAGACAGAACUUUUACAAAUAUUGUCCAAAGAUGAUUUGAAAUGCAAAGAAGAUAUAAUUAUGAAAGGUGUUAUGAAGUGGAUUGAAAGAAAUAACCCGGAUGCAGAUGAUGUAAAGUGUAUAUUUGAAAUGAUCAGAAUUGAUCUUGUUGAUGCAAAAUUCCUCAUUGCGAAUGUGGUAUUUUCUAAAUUAAUUUCAGAAAAUAACUCUGUUCAGCAAAUGAUAAAAGAUGUGAUGCUUUCAAAACUGUCUACACGUUCUGUCAGCAGAUUUCAUAAUGUGCGUAGAAAUGUUUUUGUGUUGCACUACAACCAAACUACACUUCUGUCUUGUUUUACAUCAGAAGCGACAUGGGAAGACGUUCCACCUGCUCCAGUAAAUCCUGGAUUGUGUUAUUCAGCAGCAAGUCUAGGUAACAAGAUCUACAUCACUGGUGGUGACAGUAGAAGAAAAUGUACACUCGUCUAUGACGUCUGUAGAAGAGAGUGGGAAACAGGUCCAGAUCUCGAACAACAACGCGUGGUUCACUGCAUGGCCACAGCUAAUUCUAAAGUGUAUGCAAUUGGUGGUAUGUACAGCAACACGAUUGAAGAGAUGAGCGAGAGUGAAACACGUUGGCAGGUUGUUGGAAAUUUGAAACAGAACAGAGAGAAUGCAUUCACCGCUACAGUUGGACACAACAUUCUGGUGAUGGGCGGACGGAGUGGAGGACGUGGAUCAGAUGUUAUCCAGUGUAUCAAUACAGCAACCCGCUGUGUGUCUAACCUCAGCUCAAGUUUACCACACAGCUCGGAGUGUCUGAGAGGUUCGGUUCACCUCCCUGAUGUAUAUCUGCUGGACUAUGAUGGAAAUGUGAUGCACAUCCAGGUCACUGACAGUGAUGGUGAAAUCAAGAUUCAAGUCAAGUCAACAACGAAAUGGUGAUCAUUUGAAUAUUGUUUUGGCGUAUUAUGGCAGAACGGAAGCUUGCGGUCCUUCAGUGGCUGCAGCACUAAGUGUGAAAUUAGAAAAUACAACCUGGCUGAAGGAAAAGAGGACAAUAUAACUUUCCCAGAAUCAACGAGAAGUGGUCAAGUGCUUGGUGUUCUGCCAGUGUAUCAUAAAGCAUAACAGAUUUUGGAUUGAGUUUAUUCUGGGGCAUAACAUUGUUUGUGUAUUUAAUCUCACUGAUCAAGUGGGUCUCUUCCUAUUAGGAUCUAUUUAAAUUAUGCGUAAAACAUCACUGGCAGUUUGAUGAAUUUGGUCAUAAAACCUGUAGAGAAACUAAAAUUUGAUUUAACCAAAAAAACAACAACAUAAUAAUAAAAAUAAUAAAUAAAUAAAAAAUGCACCAAAAUUAAAACGCCUGAAAUAAAUGUAUUCAAUUGUUUCUCGAAAUAUCUUUUUGAUCAAUUAAUUAAAUAUAUUCGCUGAAAUCUAUUUUAAUUUGUAUAUUUGGCGAUUUUGAUAACAAAGGCUAAAGAUGGGGUCGGGCACCACUUCACCUAUUUUGGUUUAUGACUGGAUUAUGGCUACGGAGCUAUAAACCGGGGGAUAAGGCUUUAUUUUGUUUUGCUAGUUCUAGGUGUUUAAAGCUGCUGUUAUAACAAUGUUUACUAGUGCAAAAGAGAAACAUACAACACUUUUAAUAAACUCGACCUGGCGUGCGUCUUCACAAGAAACGUACAUGAUAAUAAUGGAAACGUAUCUUCUCAAUUAUUUAUCUUUAUUGGAUUGGAUCCAUGUUAGUUUAAGAGUGACUGUUUGCAACACAGUGCGCUUCGUGCAUUCACACAGGUGUCAGUUCAGUGUUUUACUUAUGUGUAUACUCAAAUAAUUAAUGUGUGUAAUCAAAUAAUGUGUUUCUGGUUGUGUGUGUAACAUAUUGACCAAGUGCUUAUUUCUGUGAAAAAACUUCUUGUUGGUUUAUGUUCCCCUUUUUAAUUUUAAAAUUAACAGUAACAAUAAACAUUAUGGUUUGUAUGGAAGGGGAGCGAGCGAUGUGAUAAGGCGUGUCACUGGUACGGACCACAAUAAAGUAAAGUAAACUUUUGUUUAACUACACCACUAGAGCACAUUGAUAUAUUAAUUAUCGGCUAUUGGAUGUCAAACAUUUGGUAAUUAAUGCAGCGAGGGAUCUUUUAUAUGCAUUUUCCCACAGACAGGAAAGAACAUACCAUGACAUUUGACCAGUUGUGGUGCACUGGUUGGAACGAGAAAAACCCAAUCAUUUGAAUGGCAAUAAUGAAAUAAAUCGUGGACAUUUAUACCCGCUCGCCCUAGUUUUUAUAUUGGGGAACAAAAAGAACAAGAAACAAACCCCAACAAGAAAACAAAAACAAACAGCAGCAACAGUAAUAACAAACACACCAUAAUAUUAAUAGAAUAAUUGUUCGAUGCGCGGUAUUUCCAAUAUCUUGUAAAAAACCAAAAAAAACACCGCCUCCAGUUUGACUCUUUUUUUUUGACAGAGAGAGAGAGAGAGAGAGAGCGCGAGAGAGAGCGCGAGAGAGAGAGAGAAUGAGUGAGUGUGUGUGUGUGUGUCUGUGUGUGUAAAUGUGUUAUUUAAACUACUGGUAUUGGAGCAUAAAAGUAAGAUUUAUUUAAAUUACGUGGGUUUUUUUUAUUCAAACCGUCCGCUGAUAUUAUAAGUAAACUGUAAGCACAAACGCGGUAAAUAUCUUUUAAAGGGACAUACACUAGUUUUUAAACACUAAGGUAUAUUUUUUACUAUUAUAGCCGUUUUUGAAAACUGAAAUCAUACUUUACUUAGAUUUUAUUGUUUAGGUUAUCCAUUUCCGUACAUUCGAAGUGUUUUUGGUCGUCCUGGUGUUCUUAAUAUCACAAAAUGCAUUUCUCAUAUUUUUAGAAACGCAUGCACGUCUGAGAAUUAACAGUUAUGGAGUCGAGUUUUAGUCUAUUUUUAGAGGGUAUUUCACCAUUUCAAAGUCACAGACUAAUCUUUCACUCAAUUGUAACUUUAUCCAAAUGUGUUACAGGUUUGUAGAUUAACUAAACUUAGUGUUAAUUUUCACGGGUUGAAAGUAGGGUCAGUCCCUUUAAAGCUAGUUUUGGUGUUUGAAUGUAAACUAUGAGAGACUAGAAUACAGCAUUCGUGGCUGUUAGACACCCUUACGGUCCCUAGUUCUCGUCCCAGCCAGGGCACCACGACUGGUUUAUCAAAGGCCGUGGUGCGUACUACCCUGUCUGUGUAGUCCUUCACCAUAGGUUUGACUAUGAGAGACUAGAAUACAGCAUUUGUGGCUGUUAGACACCCUUACGGUCCCUAGUUCUCGUUCCAGCCAGGGCACCACAACUGGUUUAUCAAAGGCCGUGGUGCGUACUACCCUGUCUGUGUAGUCCUUCACCAUAUGUUUGACUAUGAGAGACUAGAAUACAGCAUUCGUGGCUGUUAGACACCCGUACAGUCCCUAGUUCUCGUUCCAGCCAGGGCACCACGACUGGUUUAUCAAAGGCUGUGGUGCGUACUACCCUGUCUGUGUAUGUGUCAUCAUAUAUGAUGUUACUAUGUGUUACACUGUGUAUAUAUUAAGGGUCUCCCGUGUAAUUUUUAUAAAGUGUGUGUCAUCAUAAAUGAUGUUACCGUGUGUUACACUGUAUAUAUUAAACGUCUCAUCUGUAAUGUUUAUAAAGUAUGUGUCGUCAUAUAUGAUGUUAUCAUGUUACACCGUGUAUAUAUUAAGGGUCUCACGUGUAAUGUUAUAAAGUAUGUGACAUCAUAUAUGAUGUUACCACGUGUUACACCUUGUAUACAUUAAGGGUCUCAUGUGUAAUGUUUAUAAAGUAUGUGACAUCAUAUAUGAUGUUACCACGUGUUACGCCGUGUAUAUAUUAAGGGUCUCACGUAUAAUGUUUAUAAAGUGUGUGUCAUCAUAUAUGAUGUUAUCAUGUGUUACACUGUGUAUAUAUUAAGGAUCUCUCGUAUAAAGUUUAUAAAGUAUGUGUCGUCAUAUAGGAUGUAACUAUGUGUUACACCUUGUAUAUAUUCUGAAUAUGUUUGUAUAGACAGCUAAAAUAAACCAGUCUAUGUAUACAC